UCAAAAAAAUCAACAUCAAUUUAAAUUCAUUAAUUUCGUUUCCUUCUAGUACAUCAUCAAACUUGACGUAGUUGAAAUAAAUAAAAAUAUUUCAUACAUUUGAGUGACACUAUUUUUCUGUUUAUUCUUGUAUUAUUUAUUUUAAAAAAUAAAUAAUAAAAAAAAUGAAUGAAAUUGAGCAUUUUAACAAAGUCAUGAAAGAUUUUGCACCACUUCUUGAUUCAUGGUGGCCAUAUAUUAUCGGUUUAAUUUUAGGAAUAUUAACAGCUGUCAGAAAUUACAUGGCAGGUUCAAUGUGUCCAAGUAAUCAACGUAUUGAUGAUAAAAUUGUUAUUAUAACUGGUGGAACAAGUGGUAUUGGAAAAGAAACAGCAACUGAAUUAGCAAAACGUGGUGGUCAUAUUAUAUUAGCAGUUAGAAAUAAAGAUUAUGGAAUUAAAAUUGCUAAUGAAUUGGCUAAUAUAUCAAAUGCUAAAAUAAGUAUUGGAUAUAUUGAUUUAUCAUCAUUAAAAAGUGUACAAAAUUUUGUCAAUAAUUUGGAAGUUGAAAAAGUUGAUAUACUUAUUAAUAAUGCUGGUAUUGCAUUUUAUCCAGCAACUAAAACUGAAGAAGGUUUUGAACUUCAUUUUGUUACAAAUUAUUUAGGACACUUUCUACUGACUCAAUUACUUUUGCCAAAAUUAAAAGCAUCAAAUCAAGGAAGAAUUAUAAAUGUAACUGGUCAAGCACAUGCUGCUGGUAGAAUACACUUGGAUGAUUUAAAUUUGGAAGAUAAAUUUACUGCUGGUGAAGCAUUUGGACAAAGUAAAUUGGCCCUAAUGUUGAUGACCAAACACAUGAGCCAAUUAUUAAAAGAUACAAAUGUUACGAUAAAUGCAGUUAAUCCUGGACUUGUUCGUGGAACAAAUCACAUGAAAACAUCACCCAUAAAUUCAACAUAUAGUAUAAAAUUAAUAAUGCAACCUUGGAUGUGGUUAUUAUUAAAAAAUCCAGUACAAGGAGCUCAAACAACUGUAUUUGUUGUUGUUAAAAAUUCACUUAGAAAACAAUCUGGAAAAUAUUUUAGUGAUUGUGAAGAAAAAAAACCGUCAGAAAAUGCAUUGGAUGAGAAAACAGCUGAAAAACUUUAUGAAAAAUCAAUGAAACUGAUAAAGCCUUUUCUUUAAAAUUCAUAUCAUAUUGAAAAAAAAAAAACAAACACACUUUAUAUAUUCUCUUAAAACUAAUAAUUAUUUAUUUAUUAGAGUUUUGUCCAUUUUUCACUUGUUUUCCAUAGCCAUGCUGCAACCACUUCAUCACGUGCUGCUUCUGAUUCUUCAGUUAUUUUAAAAUUACUAAAAGAAAAAAAUAUACAAGUGUUAAUAAAUCCAUUUAAAACAUACAAA